AUGACAAAACACAGUAAAAACAAUACCGCCUCGUCGAUAUUCUCAUAUGCAGAAUACAAAAAACUUGAUUACGGGACUAAAAGGCAACGUUUAGGGAACGAGUCUAUGCGCCAAUUCGAUGCUUGCGCACUCUGCCUUAACAAAGCUCGUGAACCUGUAGCAUGCAACGAAGGCCAUUUGUUCUGUAAAGAAUGCGUUUAUACGGACCUGUUGACACAGAAGAAGGAUAUCAAAAGACAGAAGGAGAAGUUGGAAGUGUUGAAGAAGGAGGUGGAAGAGGAGAGGUUGGGAGCGAAAGAGGCUGCGAGAGACAGGGUUCUUGCCGACUUUGAGAAAGGCCAGCUUGGGUUGUCGAGUAAGCCGAGCACUACGACUGGUACAAAAUCUGGAGAGUCGAAGCAAGACGGCAGAGGAUUGAAACGCAAAUUCGAAUUCGAUCCGUCAUCGGUUGAGGAUCUCGCUCAAGAAGCCGAGGAAGAUGCUCUGCGCCAGAUUGAACGCGAACAAGCGGAAGCUCUCAAACACAAACUACCUGACUUUUGGCUUCCAUCGUUAACGCCGACAUAUGCAAGCAAAGGACCGCCUACGUCGUUAGGGGAUAUCAAGUUACAAACCACUUGUCGAGGAGGAAAUCCUGCUCAUUCUCUGGCGCUGAAACAUUUAGUGCCCGUUCAAUUUACCCUUUAUACUUCAAAUGGUCACGCAGCAUCGAGCAUCGAGUCGACGCCUGCCGAAGGAAGCAGUCCAAUCAGGAAGGAGGAGCCUCAGCCUAUGUGCCCAUCGUGUAAGAAACAUCUGUCGAAUAACUUACAUAUAUUUCUAAUGAAGCCUUGUUCACAUGUCACUUGCAAGACGUGCACCGACAGUCUUGUACGUCCAGCAAAGCAGUGUAUCGUCUGUGAUAAGCGACUCGCCGAGAAGGAUAUCAUUGAACUGAAGCGGGAAGGAACUGGAUUUGCGGGUGGUGGUAUGGCAGAGACAUCAAAAGCAGGCGUAGCUUUCCAAGGAUGA